UCCAGUAAUACAUAAGCAUUGAAAAAUAUAUAUGUUUACAUAUUCGAUAGAAUUCAAACCUUAACAAAAUCAAAUUACAUUUAUUUAUGUCCCGCAUAUGUUUCCAUGUUCCUAGAUCUUGUCCCGUUUCUACACGCCGAGGUUGACUUCGGAUAUUUUGAUAUUUUAAAAUCCAGAUCUACAAGGAGGACAGUGGAACGUAUGCUUUAUGUGCUUGUUGGCAAUGACAACGUGGACAAUCGACACUUCAUCUACAAACACCACAGUGUAAUAUUCCAUUGUUUAAAAAAAUAGAACUCCGAGGUUACAGCGGGUUCACCGAAUUUGAAAUGAAACCGAAAGUUGAUUUGUAAUCUAAAGAUGACAACAUCACUAGACAGCUCUUCGAUGGAGGAUGUUACAUUGUGUUCGAUAUGUUUCGAAAAAUUCAAGUCGCCGAGGUUUUUACCGUGUACACAUUCCUUCUGUCACAGGUGUUUAUCUUCCUACAUCGUUAAUGUGUGUAAAUCUACGGAGCCUCAAUUGGGAUUCAAUUGUCCAUUAUGCCGUGAGUACAUUCUUAGCCCUGGUGACUUAAAAAAGCCAGAAGAGUGGGCAGGACUUUUCCCUUUUAAUGAUAUUCUACAGACAAUCGUUAACAAACCUGAUGUGAAGCUGUGUGACCCCUGUUUACGUGAAAACGAAAGUGAAAAUGCUAUCGGGUUUUGUUUGUCUUGUACUGAAUAUUUAUGUAAGAUGUGUACCAAAUAUCACAAAAGGCAAUUCCAUUCAGGCAACCAUAUCGUAUGUCAAUUGAACGAGAUGAAAUCCGACAAUAUAUUUCCUGAAUCGGGAAAAAAUCACGAUUGCCCUGAACAUAAAAAGGAAAAAAUCAAAUUCUUCUGUAACGAUCACCAGCAGUCCUGUUGUUCAGUGUGUAUAGGAACAAAGCACAGAAAAUGCGAAAGUGUUGAUACUGUUGAAGAUGCAGCAAAAAAUAUAAAACAAAAUGGCCAACUGGAUGUUCUUUUGGGUGAUGUGAAGAACCUGGAAAAGAAACUGACAAAAGCAAAGAGCGAACAAGAGAUACAUGUAGCAGAAAUAGAGAAUUCAGUGGACGAAAUUAUAGAGAAAACAGAAAGGGAAUUCAAGGAACUUGUUGAUCACCUAGAAAUACUGAAGAGCAGACAUUUAGAUGAAGUAGCAGGUGCACUGAAGAAAGGAAGGGGGAAGUUAAGUGAUUGUACAAAUGUACUUACUGAUGGUAUACAGUGUACAAAUUACUGCUGCCGGAACAUUGAAAGAGCUAAAGAGACGGAUAAUGAUGUUGAAAUUGUAACUACUUAUUACAGAGUGAAAGAGAGGCGUUUACAGCUUAAACGGUUUAAAUUCACGAAGAAACAGAUAACGAUAUCUGAAACGAGUUCACAAGUUUUGAGAGAAGUGAGAAAUAUGGAAUCUUUUGGUGAUAUUGAAUAUGCUGAGUCUGAUCGUCAUAUCACGUACGAUGUAAAUGACAUUGUGUUAUCUUUAGUUUCUGAAUUCAGCAUUACUGAAGGAAAUCCGAAUGUAUACACUGGGAAUUUUCUGUCAAAUGGUAACUUUGCAGUUCCAGAUUGCAAAUCUAAUGGCCGUUGUUUUAUUUAUAACAAAGACUGGCAAUCCACGGAAGUCAUUGAUGGACUGAGUAGCCCUUUUGAAGUCAUACAAGCCGGAAAUGAACUAUUUGUGACCUCUCCAGGGACGAAAUCUAUAGAAGUCUUUUCUGCGUCUGAUUUACAUAAACUGCGAAGUGUUAAUAUAAACGAAACCGUGUAUGGAAUAACAAUGUACAAUGGAGCGUGUUAUGUAGCAUGUUUAGAUAAAAUUAUAAAAAUUGAUAUGUCCGGUAAAAAACUUAGAGAAUAUAAAGCUGAAAGCAAUAAUAAUAUUAACAUAAGUGCAACAAAUGAUGGACAUCUUUUGUACAGUGACUAUUCCCGUAAUACAGUAACCGCAAUCACGGAUCAGGGAAACACCGUCUGGCAGUAUACACAUCUCAGAAUGAAAACUCCCUGUGGACUUGAUGUAGACUCUGUCGGUAAUAUCUUUGUUGCCGCUACAGAAAGUGACAAUAUCCACGUGUUGUCUGGCGCUGGCAGUCUCAUUAGGAUUAUCGAGGAUAUUCCAAAACCAGUGUUUAUUAAACUAAUGGAGGAGAGGAGUUUGUGUUGUGUGUGCAGUGACUGCAAACUUAUGAAAGUGUAUAAACUGUAAUGUUCGUUAAUUUUGUGUUAAUAAAAUACCAAGUUUCA